AUGGCGCUCAACCGCGACGAGAACGAAGCUGCAUGGCUCACGGGGACCGGCGAGCCGCUCAAGGUCGGUGCCAUACUGAACUGGACGCCAGGUCCCGGUGAGAUCCGCGUGCGCAACGAGGUCAUCAGCCUGAAUCCAAUCGAGGCCAAGCUCCAAAAGUUCAACAUGUUUCAGCUCCCGUACCCGGCCGUGUUGGGCUUUACCUUCGCCGGCACGGUGACGGAUGUAGGGCCCGACGUCACGUCCGUCGCCCGUGGCGACCGCGUUGCAGUCGCACGCUGGGGCGCGACGGCGCGCGAGGACCGGUUCGGCGCGUUCCAAAAGUACCCGCUGGCGCUGGAGCGCAACGUGCUGCGGCUGGGCGACGCGUCGUCGCUGGAGGACGGCGCGGGGGUCAUCGCGAACCUGGCCACGGCCGUGUCGGCUCUGACGAUCCACAUGGGUCUCGACCACCGGCCAGCGACCCCGUCCGGCGGCGGCGGCCGCAUCGACAAGAACGGCGAGCGGAUCCUCAUCUAUGGCGGGUCCACGGCGAUUGGCGGGCUGGCGGUCAAGUACGCGUCCGACGCGGGCUACGAGGUGGUGACGACGAGCUCGGCCGCCAACGAGGCGCUCGUGCGGCGGCGCAACCCGACGCACGUCGUGGACCAUGGCCAGCCGCCCGAGGACGUCGUGCAGGCGCUCCGCAGCUACGGCCCGUACGACGCCAUCCUCGAGGCCACGGGCAGCGAGGCCGGCACGGCGCUCAUGGGCCGCCUGCUCGGCGCGAGCGGCGGCGGGCUCUUCUUCUCCACGAGCCCGUCGCCCAACGACGACGCGCUGCCGGCUGGCGUCGUCAAGCGCUGGUCGAGCUACUCUGAGGACCUGGUCUCGGACCCGGCGCGCGGGGCGCUCCGCGACUGGUUCGUGGGCGAGUAUCUGCCGCGCGGCGUGCAGACGGGCGCCGUCUGGCCGAAUCCCGCGUCGCGCGUGCCAGGGGGGUUGUCGGGCCUGCAGGACGCCCUGGAUAGGCUGCGCGAGGGCAAGGUCAGUGGUGUCAAGCUAGUGGUGUAUCCGCAGGAAUGA